AUGAAGUUUAACGGUAUUUUGCAUAAAUAUAAUGAACAUCAAGUCGCAUUUGAAUAUGAACCAGCAGGUUUACCAAAAGCGUUAAUUAUGAUCGGUGGUAUGACUGAUGGUUUAACUACAGUUCCUUAUUUGGCUAAUUUGCCACAUGUUUUAGAACCGUUAGGUUAUUCUGUGGUACAAAUUCAAAUGAAAAGUAGUUUUAUUGGUUGGGGGACAUCUUCUGUGAAGGAAGACGUUGCUCAAGUUAAACAAUUAAUUGAUUAUCUGAAAUCAGAAGAAGGUGGUAACAAGAAAGAAAUAGUCAUAAUGGGACACUCUACAGGUUCUCAAGAUGUUAUGCAAUCUUUGUUAACAAUUAGCGAUUCAAUCAAGGCCGGUAUCCUACAAGCAUCAUGUUCUGAUAGAGAAUGUUUCACAUUGUAUGCUUCAAAGGAAAUAAGGGAUGAUUUAAAUAGUAGAGCUAGGAAAUUAUUAGACGAAAGUAAAGGUGAGGAAAUGUUACCUCGUGAGUAUAUGGCAUACACUAAUGACACACCGGUUACCGCUUAUAGAUGGUGUUCAGUCAUGUUACCAAAUGGAGAUGACGAUUUCUUUUCAACAGAUUUAUCUGACGAUUCGUUGAAACGGACUUUUGGUAAAAUCAACAAGCCAUUCUUAGUUGCAUAUUCAGAAAAGGACGAGUUUAUUCCAAAAGAGAUCGAUAAACCAGCAGUUUUGAAAAGAUGGGAAUCUAUCAGUAAUCCAAAAUUUUGGUCUAAAAACUCCGGAAUUGUCCCUGGUGCAUCUCAUGGUGUCAAACAACCAGCCUCUCAAAAGUUUUUAUAUGAGAAGAUAUCUGCGUUCUUUGAGGAGUUCAAUUUGUAA